UGAGCUUGAAAUUCUUAUGUAAAUAUAAACAAAUGGCUGAUAAACAAGUUUGAAUUUUUUUACAAUUUAAAUACGUAUUAUUUCGAUUUCAGUAUUUUUAAAAACAAAAUUCAUCUGCUUUACUGACAUCGACCAAAAUGUAUGCUGAAGGAGAAACGGAAUUGCGUGAUUUAAUAAUUCAAAAUUUAGAAACAUGUGGCUUUUUGAAUAAAAUAAAAGCUGAAUUGCGAGCUGGAGUACUUCUUGCAUUUGAAGAAGAACGCAAUUUGCGCUCAAAAAUUCCAUUGUUUAAUAAGAAGUUUGAUGAAUUUGUGGAAAAAAAGGAUGGGAAAUUAGUUGUGUCGUUGGUACGAGAAUUUUUGGAAUAUUUUAAUCUUAACUUCACGAUUUCCGUAUUUGAUCCUGAAAUAGCGACGUCUUCACCUUAUUUAAAUCGAACUGAUCUUUGUAAAGAGUUAAAUCUUAGAAACACCGAAUUUGAUGGACCUGUUAUUUCUGCUCUUUUAAAAAAUAAGCCAUCCUUUGAAUUAGAAAAGGUAUCUCAGUCUUUAAGUUCAGAAAAAACCACUAGUUUUAGUGCAAGCAUCCAUACAUCUCUAGAAACUAUUUCAGAGGAUUCUCCAGUGAAAGAAAAAAAUGGUUUUGAAAAUUUGACAUCAAAUGAUAGCGUAUCUACGUCAGCUUUUCCAUCGUUAAAAUUUGACAACUCUGGGAAAAACAUGUUAUCCGAAGAAAAUAUCAAAGCAAAACAGAAAACCUCUACUUCUGAUACUUUUAGGAAAUCAAAUUCUAGCAUUAUUGAAAAGCUAAAAAAUGAAUCUUCUAGCUUAGAAAUGUUUGAUAAGGAAAAAACUAAGAUAUCUGAUGUGUUUACAAAUGAAAAAUCUUCUAGUAUCUUUAAAGAAAAAGAAAGUUCUUUAAAUCUUGAAGAUGACUCAUUUUUUGAUGAUCCAAUACCAUCUGAAAAGCCCAGUUUUUUAAAUCUGCCGAGUGAAAAUCCUUUUACAGCGAGUAGUUUCAAAGAUAAUACACAAAAUAAAUCAAAUGGAUCUGCUUUAUUAGGUACUGAAAAGAGUACAUUAUCAUCAUUAAAAGAUUUACCUGCUCUUACAACAAAGGGCAAAGAUUGGAAUUUCAGUUCUGCAGAGUUACCAAAAACUCUUCCCAGUUUGGAUACUAAAAAGUUAGCAUCAAGUUCAGAGAAAUUUGAUAAUAAAGAAAUGAAAGAAGAUGAAAAGGAAGAUAUUGUUAAAAAGGAUCCAGAUCUUGAAUCAACUGAAGAAUCCAGUGAUCAUCAGUUGAAUUCAGAUGAAAGCAUUGAAGAGGAACUUGAAGGAGACUUUUCAGCUGGAUUAGAUGAUUUAUUAAAUAGCAGUUUAUCAUUAGGGGAUGAUGCUACUUCAGAUCAGACAGUAUCUCAAAUUAGUGUAGUGGAUGGCGUUGAUCAUGUAGAACCAGUUAAGAAUUAAAUUUAUUCAAUAGUUAUUUAAAGCUUUCCAUUUUUCUAUACUGCACUUGGUAAGUGAUAUUAUAGUGCCUUUUCACAUAAUAUUCUAUUUUACAAUUCAUUUACAAGCUUGUUCUUAUAUCAAAGUAUGCCAUUAUCACAAUAUAUCCUUCUAGUCUUGUUUAAAUAUGGGAAAUAUUUUUAAGAACAUUAAUAAAAUAAAUAGUGAUGGAGGGGAAAUGUGAAUAAAUGAUAUUUGGAUCUUAAUCGAGUCAAAAAUUUAAAAGUAAUACUAAGAUUUUAACUUUGUAAUGCUUUAGUCAUUAACAUUCAUCAUUAAACUAAUGUAUACAAAAAAAAAAAAAAUGCUUGUGUCAACUUUGAAAUACAUUUUGAAUUUUAAUUUUGUAUUUCAAAAUUAGAUACUAAACAGGUAUUUUAAUCUAUUUUUUAUAAUUUGAUUAAAAUAUGAUAAGUUAAUAAAAAAUACAGUGAAAUCCAUUUAAAUUUUGGUCCUAUUACAUCACUAAUGAUGCCAUUUCGUUAAGAAGUAAUUUGGAUGUGAAGGUAAAUGAUUCAGCAUAGGUAACUGGUGUAACACUUGAUUGUCCUUUCGAUUAUUACCAUAGUAGUAAUAAUAAUAAUGGGUGACCAUUAUUAUUAUUACACAGUGGCACAUUAAAGUGGAUUUCAACCUAACAUUUUUAGGUAUUAUUCUAUUAGCAGAACUAUGAUUGUCUGCAAGUUAGAAUGUUGAAAUUACUCUGUGUCGCAUGUACAAAGAAUAGCAAGUAAAAUUAAAUCACUCUUAAGAUUUGCAUGAUUUUAUUAAUAAUCUCAUGAAAAGAAUAGUCACAUUCUUAUUGAAUCUUUAAAAAUAUUCCACUGUUCAUAUUAAUCUCUCUUAGCAGUGGUCUUUUACUUCAAAACUUUUUUCUUCUUCAUAAUUUAGUUUUAAGAACUUCAUUUUUUUUAAAAAAACUAAAUUCUUUAAAUUUAGAAAAUGUACCAAAAUGUUUAGAAAUGUACCAUUUUUAAUAAGAUUUUUUUUUGGAUCAUUGAUUGUUUUUGAAGAUAAAAGACAUAGAUACAAAUUCUGUGUGCUUUUAUUUCAUAAUUUAAAAAAUCAUUAGUGAAUUUCUUUAAAUUUCACUGUAAAAGAAUAUUAUAUAUUGAUGUGAAAAUUAAAUACUUUGUAAAAAACUACUCUAGAGUCUUGUAAAUCUAAAUAUCUAUUAUUUGAUAUUUGUUUAAUUUGAACUCUGUGCUGAGACAAUAACAAAAAUAACAAUGAUAAAAAAAGUGUCAUUUUUUAAAUAUAUUGUAAGGCAAUAUAAAGCAAAUUAUCAUGUUGAUUGUUUUAUACUACAGUUUUUCAGAUUUUUGCCAUUCCUAUCUGAAUAUUUUGUCAAUGUCUCAUAUACCAGUUUUUAAAGAAACCAUAGUAUAACAGGAGCAGCCGUAUAAUAUGUAUUUAACUUCAUAUUAUUAAUUUAUAUAUUUAUUUUCAUGCUAAACUUUAUAAAUAAUUUUAUGAACUGAAAAUUUUUUUAUUUUAAUAAAUAUCUUGAUUAGUUUGGAUUAAUGAGACUCUAGUAAGUUUUAAUUUAUAUAUUUUUAUUGUAAAUUACAACUUGUAUUUUAAUAUCAAAAAUUAUUCUUUGUUACUUUUGAUUUGAUAAAUUUGGGAAAUGAAUAAUUUGUGAUUGAGAUGUCAUUUUUUGAAUUGUGUGCCAAUGAAAACAAUAUGUUUCAUUUUAAAGAAAUAUUUUGUAUUUUAAUCAAUUAUAUUUUAUGUUUUGUUAAUUUGUUUCUU